UCUCUCCUCUCUCUUUUCAUUAGUUCGCAUGCUUGGUCAGUUGGUCUUGGUUGAUUCUUUUCUGUUGUUUUCCGUUUUUGAUGUGCUGCUUUCCUACCGUGAUUCCGAUACCGUUUCCCGCAAAAUUCCGUUUGCUCGGCUACUGUUAAAUGAAAUCUCCCGGUUCUAAUCUUCUAUACCUUUUUAAUUUUUAGUUUCAUUCUAGGGUUUUACUGAAUCUCUUGGGUUGGCGCCAAUUUGCUUUCCCUCUAUUUUUGUUACUUUCUUCCCACGACCAACAGCAUCGUUCGUAUCUUUCGAGAAUUUCCCCCAAAAAUCUCAUCUUUAUCAUAUUAUUCGUAAAUGAAGGCUAUUCCUGUUUUGGUGGAUCACUCCCGUUUCUCUUUUUCGUUACAGUGGCCUGGUGAAUUGGCCAUUGCCUUUUGAAGAUUUUGGUUCAAGUUACGCAGUGCCAGAUAAAUAAGGUCAACUAUUUUUGGGCUGAAGGAUGAAGCGUAAACGAGGGAACAAGAAAAGCAAGCGUAAAGGAGUAGGAGGGGGUAUUGAAGGAGCUGGAAAGGAAGCGGCCUCUUUAGUUACCGAAGAUAAUUCGGGUUUGGAGGAGUUCGAUAAUGACAACAAGUCUGACUCUGCAAUGGAUGUCGAAGUCGACACGCCUUCGUCAACGGGAACUGACCAUCUCAAUGUUGCAAAUGUUAAUCCUGAUGAUUCGAUUGACAAGGCUGCAGGGAAAUCAUCAGUUGGACGUGUUAAAGUGAAGCUCAGGACGUCAAAAAUGAUGGACGCUCAGAUUAAUUCUUCCGAUGCGCCAACUCAAAGUGAUACUGAUAAGAGCAGUCUGCAAAUGGGCUUAGAAAAGCAUAGCGUGGUUUCCGACAAAAUGGAAGAUAGUGCCAACUCAUUGCCCGAAAAGGAAUCUGCUUUUUCUGGGACAGCAUCCAAAAAAAUUGGAAGCAUAAAGAUCAAGUCUUCCAAGAGCUUCGGAGCAGGUAAUAAUUCGACAAGUAAUGCAUCAAAGGCACAGGCUGGUAAUCGGAUGCCUCAACAGGAUUCUCGACCUAAUAAAACAGAGUUGGAUACUGCUCUCACGGUCAUAAAGAAGGUAAUGAAAAUGGAUGCAGCUGAGCCAUUUAAUGUCCCGGUGAAUCCCGUUGCUUUGGGGAUACCUGAUUAUUUUGAUGUGAUAGAUACACCAAUGGAUUUUGGGACGAUAUGCAGCAAUCUUGAGAAUGGUGAUAAGUAUAUGAAUUCAGAGGAUGUUUUCAAGGAUGUGCAAUACAUCUGGGAGAACUGCUACAGGUAUAAUAAUAAAGGUGACUACAUCUUGGAUCUUAUGAGGAGGGUGAAGAAAAACUUCUCGAAAUAUUGGACUGCUGCUGGAUUGUACAAUGGGCAAGGUACAGCAACCAAUGGUGUUGAUAUAACCCAAGAGAAUGGUGGACCAUCUAGUCAGGUGAAAUCUCUGAAAGGUCAGUCAAAACAGAAAACGAAGAAGCGUCAUGGAAGGCGCCAUAAAUCUGAUUGUUUAUGUGCAAUAUGUGUUUUAAAGCGCCGUAGAAAAGAGCGCGAAGAGAUUGCUAAAAUUACUAAAGACCAAAUUGGAGCUGGUAAUAACCAAGGGCAAGAGUUUAAGAUUGAGGAAUCCUUGCGUGUGGACAGUCCUGGCAGCUUGGACUCAUCAUCAAACGCAGAUGAUUCAGUAGACAAUGAAUUAGAUGUUGAGGAAGAAACAGGAGACGAGGUGAAAAUGGAUGUUUCUAAGCAACAGUUUAGCACUCCAGAGGAGAAGCAAGAUGAAGGUGAGGAGGAAAAAGAUGGAGAAGGAAAUGAAACAGAGAUGAAGAUGGGUGUCGAUUCAAAAGGAACUGAUCAGUCUGAAAGUAGACCAUCCAAAUCAACAAUGGAGCAAUCAGGUGACUCGAAAAUGGAGGAUGUACUGCCACAUGAAGAAGGGCAGCAAGAUAUUCAUGAGUUGGAACAUAAGGAGGUGGAAGAAAGACGGAAGAAGAAACUAAAGGCAUGGGAGGAGUUGAGUAACAAAAAUCCGAUGCUUUUGGAGUUGUGUGGAGUUGUUUUCCCAGUGAAUCCAAGAUCCGUGUGGAGAGGACCCCAUUCAUUGCUUCCGCACCAGCACCAAACUUCUCGCAUUAGUUCCAUUCACAUGGCCAUAGACAAAUUCAUGAAGUAAAUUAUUGUAUCACUCGAUGAGAGCAUGCCUAAAAUUAUACUUGAUAUGGUGUAGCUGUAAUUGCCCCGAUUUUCUGCCUGGAAAUGUAUCAUCAACUAGUUCAUGGUUUUUACCGAGUUA